AUGUGGUGUAGUACUAUCAAAUUUAGUUUAACCACCAGUGGUCUACUGCUGGUUAUAAUACAACACUUAGUUUGGAAAAAUGUGCUUUUUUGCGUAAUUUUGGGGAAAAUUAUGCAAAAGUAUUUAGAGACCAAUGUUAUUGGUCCAGCUCGGAGGACGGCAAGUUUUGAUGAGAAUGUAGUUUGUAGCACGUCGUUUACUACGGUUGGGAAGAGGCGUCGUUGUGUUUUAACAACGUUUCGCUAGGAGUUAUUGAUCUGGGAUGUUCGAAUCAGUGAAUAUAUGUCCAACUUUACCGAACUAAAAAUUGUGUUGGACCAUUUACCAUAAGAUUAACAACUCUUUGCAAACAUUAUUUUAAUGGUGUCAUCUGUUUUUGCGUUGCCUUAAAGAGGGAAAGACAGAGUUCAUUCUGCCAGUUUCCUAAAUGAUAAUACAGCCGCUAAUACCAUAUUAGUGUACUCUAUGGAAUCAGCAUGGCAGAGAAUGGAAUCUAUGCACCGCUGGAUUUUGGAGAAUGGGGAUAAGCGGACCGACCCAUGGCUUCUAGUCUACUCUCCUGUACCAAUCAUCUGUUUAUUUCUUUGCUAUCUUGGUGUUAUUUGGAUCGGACCCAAACUUAUGAAAGACAGGGAACCGGUGGACCUAAGGGCAGUGCUUAUUGUGUACAACUUUGCCAUGAUCGGUUUGUCAGUGUACAUGUUUCAUGAGUUCUUGGUCACAUCUUGGCAGGCAAACUACAGUUAUCUCUGUCAACCUGUGGACUACAGCCCAAGCCCAUUUGGAAUGAGGAUGGCCAAUGUAUGCUGGUGGUUUUUCUUUUCUAAAGUCAUUGAGCUUAGUGAUACAGUCUUUUUCAUCUUGAGGAAGAAGAACAAUCAGCUCACAUUUCUACAUGUGUAUCAUCACGGAACAAUGAUCUUCAACUGGUGGGCAGGAGUUAAAUAUGUGGCAGGAGGUCAAUCAUUUUUCAUCGGGCUGCUGAACACCUUUGUUCAUAUUGUGAUGUAUUCUUACUAUGGCCUGGCAGCCCUGGGGCCACACAUGCAGAAAUAUCUGUGGUGGAAGCCUUAUCUUACCACACUUCAGCUGAUCCAGUUUGUAUUGCUGACGAUUCACACUGGCUACAACCUCUUCACUGAGUGUGACUUCCCUGACUCCAUGAACUCGGUUGUUUUUGCGUACUGCGUCAGCCUCAUUGUGCUGUUCAGCAACUUUUACUACCAGAGCUACAUGACCAGAAAGAGCAAGAAGUCUUAACAGUCAAGUCGGUCCACAUGCUAAAUACUAAAGAGAAGAAUCUCCCAUUGUUUGCAUCCGAGGGAUGACAUUGACGGAAAAAUAGUAGUCCAUUAAUUAUCAGUGUUCAUGUUGCAAUCCUACCUCAGCUUGAAACGGCUACAGUAUACUUAAUCAGCAGGACUUAAAGGAUUUUUCCAAACAAUUGGCAGAGGUUAGAGGUCUGAUUAUUUCUAUACAAAAUGUCUAGAACUUUUCCAAUACACAUGUCAAGUAUGUUAUUCUUUUUGGUAUUUUGGAGCUAUGUAACAUACCAACUUUAUGUUGUCAACCAAAAUGACUUUAAUGUAAAUAAA